AUGUCCGCGCCCGCCCCUCCCGAAGCCGCGAACAGCGUCUUCAAACCGCGCUUCAUAGAUAUAGGCAUCAACCUCACAGACCCGGUCUACACCGGCCUAUACCACGGCGCCCAGCGACACCCUCCCGAUCUCGAAGGCGUGCUCACCCGGGCCCGCUCCGCUGGCUGCCAAAAGCUAAUCGUGACUGGCUCCGACGUCCACGAAUCUGCGCACGCCGUCGAACUAUCAAAAGCGCAUCCGGACUUCAUCUACAACACAGUGGGUGUCCAUCCUUGCUCAUGUCUUCAAUUUCCCUCCCAUGCCACGGGGCCCAGCGCACUGCUCGCUGAGCUACGCACCCUCGCUCUCGCUGCCAAGGAGAGCGGGCACUGCGUCGCCUUCGGCGAGAUCGGUCUCGAUUACGACAGGUUGACUCUCUGCCCUAAGGACGUGCAAUUGCAGUACUUCGCUGCGCAGCUAGACAUCGCGAUUGAGGUGCAGCUGCCGUUAUUCCUCCACUCGCGGGCAGCGCAUGCGGAUUUCGCGCGGCUGCUGCGCGACCGCUUGGAGAAGCUGCCACGGCGGGGCGUGGUGCAUAGUUUCACGGGCUCGGAAGAAGAGAUGCGCGAGUUGGUGGAGAUGGGGUUUGAUAUUGGGGUCAACGGGUGCUCGUUGAAGACAGCGGAGAAUAUAGAGGUGGUAAGGAAGCUGCCAUUGGAGAGGAUCCAGUUGGAGACGGAUGGGCCGUGGUGCGAGAUGAGGCCGAGUCAUGCGAGUGCGGAGUUUCUGAGCGAUAUGCCGCUGGAGGAGUGGAAGAGUGUGAAGAAGGAGAAGUGGGUCGAGGGCGCGCUGGUCAAGGGUAGGAAUGAACCGUGUAUGAUUGGGAAGGUGGCGUGGGCCGUGGCGAGGAUUAAAGGCAUCAGCUUGGAGGAGUUGACGGAGGCGGCGUGGACGAAUACUGUGAGGAUGUUUGGGUUGGGGGAGAGAUAG